AUGCAAUUAGACUUGUCGCGCAAAGGAUAUGCAUACAUUCCCGAGGACUUGGAUGAACAUGUGACAUCGCUGUCACUCUCAGCUAAUCGAAUAUGCAGCCUCAGUGAUGUAGGCCGACUAGUGCACUUGCGGCGGGUGGACUUGUCAUGUAACAAGAUCGUGGCGUUGGCUGGCAUCGAAGUACUGGGAGCAUUGGUGUGGCUGAACUUGUCGCGCAAUAGCAUCACGUCCUUGGACGGCGUACAACACCUGGCUCACCUCCAGACGCUCGAUGUAGCCGACAACAACCUGACCGACAUCGACGUGCUCGAACACAACAUGUCGCUCACGCAUGUCAAUGCAUCGACCAACUGCAUCAAUGUGUGGCCUCGCUUGACUUUAUUGGUGCAUUUGGAGGUGCUGAAUCUGAAUGAAAACGAACUGCCCGCCCUUCGACUGCUUCACACGAUGUUGCCUCCACACGUUCAACAGCUCCACUUGGCUCACAACCAUAUCGAUCAUUUGCAUUGCUUUGAUUCGUGCCGACCAAUGCUGUCGCUGCACACUCUGGACUUAGCUGGCAACGGCUGCGCUGCAAACCACGCACUCGCCAUGGCCACCUUGAGCUCCAUCUUCCCAUCUCUCACCACAUUCAACGGUCAGCCCGUCAUGCGAACCACACCAUCCCAGCAGUCCCCCCCCACCCCACCCCAACACACACCCGAUUUGGACGUUUCGAACCGCGACGUGAAGAUCCAAAUGUGGAAGCACAUGCUCCAGCAACGUUCCCAGCAGGAAACGGUCGACCGACUUCGCCUCCAGCAAGAGAGGCAACAAGUCGGUCCAGCUACUCCCCGGGACGAAGAAACUCGGCCAACCCUACGCCCUCCUUCGAUGGCAACGCCGCGUCCACAGUACUUUGUCCAUCACAACCACGCAGCUGCACCCCCCACGACGUCCAAACAAAUCACUCCUCGGUAA